AUGGCGGCAGACACUAUUCAGCGCCUGCGGGCAUCACUGCCUGCUCGGUCCGCAAUCCUCACCUGGCGGACGUUCUUCUUCAUCCUCGCCUUCUUGAACCUCAAAUCGCUGCCUUUAGCGUGGCACUACCGCCUCCUCCGACGAUUCUGGGCUAACAUCACCCGCGUGCCCGAUGUGCGUCGCGCCAUACAAAAGCACGCCAAUGCAAGCUCCUCUGCUUCUGCACCAGCAACAACUCACCCACUCUUCACUUUUCACACCCACACCUCCUUCUCGCCUCUGUAUGAAACAGACUACAACAUCCACAAGUCCAACAGCACCUACUUCUCCGACCUCGACGAGUCCCGUAUGGGUCUCUGCACACGCAUCCUCAUCCCAGGACUCUGGAGUAAAGAUCGGUCGCUCGAGCAGCAAGGCAUAAAGGGAAAGAUAGGGGUGUAUCUGGGCGCUGUGCAUUGCACGUUCCAUCGAGAAAUCAAGCCAUACCAAUCCUUUGAAGUCCGGAGUCGAGUGUUGGGCUGGGAUCGGAAGUGGAAGAAGGAGGAGGUGCUUCUGGCUAGUGCGCUGUCCAAGUACGUGAUCAAAAAAGGAAGGUUCACGGUCAGUCCGGAGCACUCUCUGAGAGUCGCGGGCUGGCUGCCGCCAAAGCCUGAGCAGACGGUGGAUGAGUCAGGAGUGCUUGUGCCACAGCCGCCGAGCGUCACGGAAACGGGCACUGAAGGAACGCCGCUGGAGAGUAGUCAACCUGUGACGAGCGCGAGCGCAAGUGCGGUUGUGGCGGCAGACGAGGUCAAGGAGAAGCUGGAGAAGGUAUUGUCGAGGGGUCAGGAGCCGGCGAGCGACCCGAUCAUCUCAGCGGCAAGGACUCCAGAAGAGCCAAGUCCCGGAGGAUGGGAUUGGCAGCGCAUUGAGCAAGAGCGUCUACGUGGGUUGAAGCUGGCAGAAGCGUGGCUUGCGCUGGACGGGAAUCUGAAGGAUGAGCAUGCGCAUUCGUCAAGCAUAAUAUGA